ACUUAAGGUCUCCUGCAGGGACUAUGUGAGAAGCGAGCCCGGCCGGGAGUGGGCUAAGCGCGGGCCUCCUUUACCAAGAUGGCCCCGCGGCGGCGGCCAUCUUGGUAAAGGCAGAAGCGGCGGCCAGCGCUAUGGCUGACGCUGGCAGGGCUCCCAGAUCAGAAGGUCACAAUGAGUAGGUGAUGGGGCAACCAGGAGCGAACUCAGCUGAGCGCUGGGCCCCAGGGCGCGCGGCCGGGGGUCGCCGGCUGGGCCGCAGGCCAGGCGACGGCUCGCCCCAAAGAUGGUAAGGCGGCGAGUACUGAGGCGCUGCCUGCAGCUGCUGACGCCUCCGCAGGAGCCGGCGCGACGGGGUCGAAGGCGGAGGCACCCGAGCACCGGCCGCUGCGGCCAUUCCCGCUGCGUGGGGGCGCUGUGGCCUGGAGUGGAGGAGCAGCAAAGACAGCGGACGAAGCGCGCCCGGCCGGUGGCACCGCGCACCAGUUCUUCAAAGGACAUGGAUGAAAAUGAAAGUAACCAGUCCCUGAUGACAAGCAGCCAAUAUCCUAAAGAAGCAGUAAGAAAACGCCAAAAUUCAGCACGGAAUUCUGUAGGAAGUGAUUCUUCUAGGUUUUCCAGGAAAAGUUUCAAACUGGAUUACAGACUAGAGGAAGAUGUAACUAAAUCAAAGAAAGGAAAGGAUGGGAGAUUUGUUAACCCUUGGCCAACAUGGAAAAGCCCCUCUCUUCCAAAUGUUCUCAGAUGGCUGAUAAUGGAAAAAGAUCACAGCAGCAUUCCAUGUUCCAAAGAGGAACUUGAUAAAGAACUCCCAGUGCUUAAGCCAUAUUUUAUCGAUGAUCCCGAAGCAGUUGGAGUUAGGGAAGCUGGCUUAAGAGUCACAUGGCUGGGACAUGCAACGGUAAUGGUGGAAAUGGAUGAGCUCAUAUUUCUCACGGACCCCAUCUUUAGCUCUCGUGCUUCACCUUCACAGCACAUGGGUCCAAAGCGUUUUCGUCGUGCCCCAUGCACUAUAAGUGAACUCCCCCCGAUAGAUGCAGUCCUUAUCAGUCACAACCACUACGACCACCUGGACUACAAUUCUGUUGUUGUUCUGAAUGAACGAUUUGGUAAUGAGUUGAGGUGGUUUGUGCCUUUGGGUCUCCUCGACUGGAUGCAAAAAUGUGGCUGCGAGAAUGUGAUUGAGUUGGACUGGUGGGAGGAGAACUGUGUCCCUGGACAUGAUAAGGUCACCUUUGUCUUUACACCUUCCCAACACUGGUGUAAAAGGACUCUAAUGGAUGACAACAAGGUUCUCUGGGGCAGCUGGUCUGUCUUGGGCCCUUGGAAUCGAUUUUUUUUUGCAGGAGACACUGGUUAUUGCCCUGCUUUUGAAGAAAUAGGAAAAAGAUUUGGACCUUUUGACCUUGCCGCUAUUCCCAUUGGAGCAUAUGAACCAAGGUGGUUUAUGAAAUACCAGCAUGUAGACCCAGAAGAAGCUGUAAAGAUUCACAUUGAUGUUCAAACAAAGAAAUCUAUGGCAAUUCACUGGGGUACUUUUGCCUUAGCAAAUGAGCAUUACUUAGAGCCUCCAGUGAAACUGAAUGAGGCUCUAGAAAGAUAUGGAUGUAAGACUGACGAUUUUUUUGUCUUGAAGCAUGGAGAAUCAAGGUACCUAAAAACCGAUGAUGAAAACUUCGAAUAAAUAUGAACACAGGAGCUUUUAAUGCAACAAGCAUCAUCUGCUAUAAAUUUGAAAAGACUAAGAAGUUCAUGAUUAUGUUUUGUUACAUUGGGAAACAACUUCUGCAAGUUUUUGUUUUAUGUUUUGUGUACUAACUUGCUUACUAAUAUGAUUGCCAGUUCAUAUAAGAGAUCAAGUAUGGGUCACUUAAAUAAUGAAUUGGCAUAUGUUGAUUUUAAAUCUUGUCUCAAUGGUAUAAGCAUUGAAUGGAAUUUUUUUUUACUUAAGUAUUAUACUUUAGUGGUAGAAUUUUCUGAGGUUAUGAAAAACUUAUUUUAAAGACUCAUUCCUGUUCUGUUCUUAAAGAUCUUCUGCAAGGUGAGUCAAGGCUGUCUAUAUACAUAGGUUUUUUUUUUAGAGGCCUGCUCACAUAAACAUACUUUUUAUAUUCAUAUUAAUGAGGAAAUUCACUCCCACAUGCUUAUAGCAGUUCUUGCUCUACUAAAAUUAGCUUAUAUGCCAAAUAUUGAUAUCUUUUUUUAACCAUAAAAAUGGGAGUUUGGGCUAAGUUGCCAUUUUUAAAGACUUCAUUUUUUAAAAGAGGGGAGCAGUAUAUUCUAUUGCAUGUCUACAAUCCCCCAAUCAAAAGCCCUGAGUUGGAAAG